UCGCACUCAACUACUUAUCUUUCUCUCUCUCUCUUCACUCAUUCCUUUUUUUGGUAAACAUGAAGCUCUCUCUCUGCCUCUAUCUUUCUCUUUCAGCUCUGAUUUUACUCAACCAUGGCGUCGACUCUUUGCAUAAAAUCUACCCCGAGUUUCAGUGCCUCGCUGCCACUGAUGUGCAGCCUCUUUACCGAACCGGCUACCAUUUCCAACCCGCUAAAAAUUGGAUGAAUGAUCCGAAUGGGCCGAUGUAUUACAAAGGAUACUAUCACCUCUUCUAUCAGUACAAUCCGAACGGUUCUGUAUGGGGAAACAUAGUGUGGGCUCAUUCCGUCUCACAAGACUUGAUCAACUGGAAAAAAUUAGACGCAGCAAUCUACCCAUCACGGCCGUUUGAUAAAUUUGGGUGCUGGUCGGGUUCAGCAACGGUUCUUCCUGGUGGUAAGCCCAUCAUCCUAUACACAGGCAUCACAGACGAGCACAACACACAAGUCCAAAACUAUGCUAUCCCGGCCAACCUAUCAGAUCCAUUACUUACUGAGUGGAUCAAGCCCAACAACAACCCCUUGAUCGUCCCAGAUAGGUGGAUCAACAAGACUGCGUUCCGUGACCCAACAACAGCAUGGUUGGGGAGAGACGGUCUCUGGAGAAUAACCAUAAGCGGUGUUGUUAGGCAAAUGGGGAUCGCUCAUUUAUACAAGAGUCGGGAUUUCACGCACUGGAUUAAAGCCAAGCAUCCGUUGCACGCUGUGGCUGGGACUGGGAAUUGGGAAUGUCCCGAGUUCUUUCCUGUUUCAGAGACUGGAAGCAAUGGACUCGACACUUCUGUUUUGGGGCCAAGAGUUAAGCAUGUGUUGAAAAUCAGCCUUGACGAUACUAGAUAUGAGUACUACACAAUAGGGACAUAUUACACCAUAACUGAUAGGUACAUACCUGAUGAAGGCAUGAUUGAUAACCGGAAUGGAUUGAGGUAUGAUUAUGGCAACUUCUAUGCCUCCAAAUCCUUCUUUGACCCUUCUACGAAUAGAAGGAUUGUGUGGGGUUGGGCGAACGAGUCAGAUUCGGUUAACGAUGAUGUUAACAAGGGCUGGUCAGGAAUCCAGUUGAUCCCGCGUACAAUAUCUCUUGAUCCCAACGGCAAGCAAUUGCUAUUGUGGCCUAUUAAAGAAAUAGAAACACUAAGGGCAAACAUGGUUGAAUUGAACAACAAGAAGCUUGUAAAGGGUGAGAUGGUUGAAAUCAAAGGAAUAACAGUUGCACAGGCCGACAUAGAAGUGACCUUCUCCUUUGAUAGCUUGGACAAAGCUGAACCAUUUGAUCCUAGUUGGGAUAGAUAUGAUGCGCAAAAACUUUGCAAGCAAAAGGGUUCAACUGUUCAAGGUGGAUUAGGGCCGUUUGGGUUAUUAACAUUGGCUUCAAAAAACCUUGAAGAAUACACCCCGGUUUUCUUCAGAGUUUUUAAGGCCCUAGACAAGCAUAUAGUCCUUAUGUGUUCUGACGCAACAAGGUCCUCUUUAAAUAACGAAGAAGGCGCAUACAAGCCAUCAUUUGCAGGAUUUGUAAACGUAGAUCUGACUCAAAAGAAACUCUCUCUCAGAAGUCUGAUUGAUCAUUCUGUUGUAGAGAGUUUCGGUGUUCAAGGCAAGACUUGCAUUACAUCGAGGGUUUAUCCCGCGCUAGCAUUAGGCGAUGAAGCACAUUUAUUUGCAUUCAACAACGGCACUCAAUCCAUCAAAAUUGACAAUUUAAAAGGUUGGACCAUGAAUAAACCAGAACAUAUGAACCAAUAGUUAAUGAGACAAUGUAUCAUUAAGAGUAGUAAGUGAGCAUAGUUUCGCAUAUGUUGCUGCUAUCUUUAUACGCAAGUUCUCGAAUUGCGGAUGUAACUUUCAAAGCCUAUCAUUUUCAUUGGAACCAUGACUACUUAAUACA